GAUUAUGCUUUUUAAUGUGCAAUUUAUUUGCUUGGUAAGUUGACGAAUGAGAAAUAAUGAACUAGAACUGAAAAUAGGCAGGUGUUUUUAUGGCCCAUAAUAAAAACGUUAUUCUUCCGCUGUUCACCAAAUUAAUUACCAUUUAUCAAGUCGUGUGUCAUUCUAUUCCUUUUUACUUGUAAGAUGACCGACCAACUUUUACGUUUCACCUUUCUCCUGGCGCUCAUUCAAGGGCCGAUCACUUUGGCACUGCAUCCAUCGACAGAAAAUAACCACACAUUGGUAGGCUAUGCCUUCAAACAGUUCUUUUCCAGAGACUGGUUAAACUGUAUUCAAGCCUGCCAUGAUGAGUCAAGGUGUAUCUCAUACAAUUAUGAGAGAUCAGCGAGCGCCGAUGGUUUGUGUGAGUUAAACUAUUGUGGAGUUGAAGAAUUGAGCUACAGAGAUCGGCUUCUUAUUUACUCCACGGGGUUCGUAUACCAGCAAAUAAGGAGACGAAAGGUUGGUUUUUUAUCGUAAAAUAGAAAAGAUUGGGUCAACAUCUGGGUUUGUGCUGGGAAACGUCGUGACAGAUGCCUAUUAUUCUUAAUACACGACAAAUGAGGUGACUAAAUGUUUGCGUGUGCGAAUAAAAGGAAACAGGCUACAACUGCUUAAGGAAAUAAAAUCUUAUAGCUUGCCUGUGCUUGAGUUUCCCGAGGAAAUCUUAAGCUUGAUUCAUUAGAAGUAAAGGUUCGCGUCAAAUGGAUUAGGGUUCGUGUCUGUUCACCUUUGUUUUACGUUGAGUGAAUUGGAGCAAAAAAAAUUUAUUUCAUGUAAGGUGUGACUUUGAAUGAAGAUCACACCUCUCACAGAAAUAUACAUGUAAAUAAUUUUUAAUAUAGACAAUGUCUCCUCAAAAGCGGUCAAUAAUUCCGAACUAGGAAUUCAAAUUGUGGAGUUAAAGAACAGAGCUACAGAGAUCAUCUCGUGUGCUUCUUGUCGGGACUUAGAUAUGUGCAAAUAAACAUGGAAUAGCUGAAUUUUCUAUUAAAAAAAAAAAGAAAAAAAAUCAGCGGAAGAUCAGGCAUACGUUUCCUUGAGUUGAGAAGAGUUGGCUUAAUCUGAAAUGAAAAAUUUGAACGGCUUGAUUCUUGCGCCGUUGCUUGAAUCGCCGAAAAAAUGUAAGAUAGUAAGAUAGGACACUCGUAAUCUAAGAAAUAGUUGCCGUUCACAUUUGUUCGUUUAUACGAUUUCGCAGGUGUUAUUUAUUUUUCUUUUGAUUUGUAAAAACAAAGCGAUGUAUGUUUUCUUUGUUACUCGAGGUAUGAUUUUAAAGAGGAUCGUACCUCUUACCUCUGCAUAUUUUUAUUUUAUUGUUCUAUUUUUUCUAUUAUGUACAGCAUUGUCUUCUCAAGAGCUGUCAGGAACUUAAACAGAAAUAUCCGGAGGCAAAAAGUGGCAUACAUACAAUUGAUCCGUUACAAAAGGCAAGGCCCAUUGAGGUAUUUUGUGAAUUCGACAUUGAAGGAGGUGGUUUUAGUUUUCUUCCUCAUAGCGUCACGAAUCGAUUAGAUGGUAAGGCGGUUGUAGACGCGCUCUUCAAAGACAGGAAAAAUGUUUUGCUGAAGUUGAAGAAAAACGUCGAUGGCAGCGAGUGGUACACUUUGAUUCAGCCCCACCCGAAUUACGCUGACAUCGAUUUUGGCGUCUUGGUGAACAACUACUCUGGUUACACUGAACCAAUAAACGUCUUCAUGCAGAAAUACGUAUUCCUUGGUAUCCUCCCUAAAUCGAUUGCAAAUAAGAAUACAACCCAGGGUUUCAAAUCUAAUGGCAUCAUAGCAGAGUUUUGGAACUGCGAUGCCAAUCCCAACAGCUUCUUUGCACUUUUCCCGAACCAUCAUCACCAAUUACCAUCUGAUUAUGCCAAGAAUUUAGGAUUUGAAAACAGCGGAAUCGCAGUAAACUGGCGUUCCCAUGCCAAAGCUGUCAGUAGUGGCAGUCUGAAAAUGCCAAAUAAGUUCUUUUUCCUGACAGAACUGCAUUUUGGUGGCUGUGGCUGCUACACCUCAAGCGACCGGUGGAAGAAGUUUGGUUAUAACGCCACUGCCAUUGGAAUUCGUUAGACUUACAUUUACUAUCCUUUACCAUAUUGAUCAUCGAAGAAACCCAUAAAGUGUACCUCAAGAUAUAAAUUUACUCGGAGAAUUUAAUUCGCUCGGGCAGGCUAAUCGGCACUCCCACAGAAGUUCUAGGCUAGGAAAAUCAAUAGAAUUUCAAUCUGUGGCAUGAUUCAAUGUAAAUGUUCAAUAUGGCUCAGCAAAUCAACGCUUUAUUGAUUGUCCCUCCUGUGUAUGAUGCAUUCACUUUGUAAAACUUUCGGACGUGUAAUAAUCUGAAUACAUUACAUUGCUUUCCGCUGAAAACCAGACGUUUAGUCUGACUAUAUGUCUUACAGUCCUCUGGACAUCUUGUUAAAACUGUCAGUUACAUUAUUAGGAGACGCUAUUUGAUCCCCGUUAUAAACUGCAAUUAUUGGCAGAAUAGUCCUUGUCUGCUAGUCUCACGAGUAAGAGUUUUCAACUCAAGUUUUAGGUAUUGAAUUGUUGAGUGUACAAGCUCGCACUCAUUACUGAGUGGUAGUCAUUAGUUUCUUCCUCCAUUUUACUCUAUAAACCUCUUAGACGUUUUCUCCUUGAAUGCUUGAUUUUACCUCGCGAUGAAGAUUACUUUGAGCUAAUUUUUGCAAAAGUGCAAGUCAUUUGUAUCCUUCCUGCGGAAAGCUAAAAAUAGAAGAUCUUUUAUCUUACAUUUCGACAUGUACAGGUUUUAUUAUUAAUAAUAAUA